UCAGACUGCGUCCUUAAAUAACAGACAGCUCAGCUGGAGCGAAGUCAGAGUUACAGUGAGACGCACAGCUGCAGUUAGCCUGCCUUUAGUAAAUCUGCUCCCAGUACAGGACUGAACUGGUAAUGGAGAUUCCACUGUUUCUGGUGGACGCGUUCGCUCGCGCUCCCUUUCAGGGGAAUCCAGCAGCAGUGUGUCUGAUAGAGAAUCCUCUGGAGGAGGAGCUGUAUCAGAACAUUGCAUCUGAGAUGAACUUAUCAGAAACAGUGUUUAUCAGAAAGCUCAAUACUGCUGACGACUUCUCUACAGGAUCAAGAUUCAGCUUGCGCUGGUUCACGCCUGUACAUGAGAUUGUACUUUGUGGGCAUGCAACACUGGCAUCUGCUGCAGUGCUGUUUUACAAGAAAGAAAACAUUAACCCUGCGGUGGUGUUUGAGACUCUGAGUGGAGACCUGAGGGUUCGCCGGCAUGACGAAUCUAUAGUGAUGGAUUUUCCACUCAACAAACCUGAGCUUCAGCACAAGAAUAACUACAAGAAUUUCCUUAAGGAUCUUUUGGGAGAUUUGGCUGUUCAGGAUGUUUCUCUCUGCAAAGCUACAAUGAACCUGCAAGUGCGUCUGGCCGACUCGUGUGACAGGUCAGCAUUUAGAACAAUAAAACCAGAGGCUUCAGCUCUGAUGAAGCAUGAAGAUGGAAGCAGGUUUAAAGGCGUUAUUGUAACCAUGAAGGGGGAUUCCAAUUCCCAAGUGAAAUAUGACUUCUACUCCCGCUACUUCGCUCCAUGGCAUGGGGUCCUUGAAGACCCAGUGUGCGGCUCUGCACAUACAAUCCUCGCUGCCUACUGGUCUGAGAAACUGGGGAAAAAGAAAAUGUUGGCCUACCAGUGUUCCAAGCGUGGGGGUGAGCUAGAGCUGGAAGUGAGAGAUGACGGCAGAGUAGACAUCGCUGGUCAAGCAGUGGUCAUCCUCCAAGGAACCCUCAAGCUCUAGAGUAACAGCUUCUUCGUCAAGAGCUUACAGUGAAAGUACUUCAUCCAUGAAAUCACAAUCUGUCACUAGGGAAUUCUUUAGCUCAUUUUGGAAUUCACAUAACAGUACAGUACAGGUGGUGUGCAUUAUGUAUUCCUAACUAUACUUAUAAUCUAACUGUGCAAACUAAUCUUCAGGACGUCUGCUGUGGCUAUAAUUAGUUUGAGAUUGGGUAUAAUUGAGGACUUACAACACACCAAUUAAAAUAAUUACUUUAUUACAUUUAUGAAAGCAUUCACAAUUUCACAAUACUAUUUACAUAAAAAAAUUAAAACAGUCUUAAAGUAGAAAAGUCAAAAGCUGUAAAAGGUCUUUCCCACUCACCCACUUUACUCACACAAAUGAGGUAGGAAUUACGUAUGCAAAAAUCAGUCACAACUUUGUGAAUAUGACUAUGACACUAUUAAAAAGCACACUUUUCUCAUAAUA